CUCGUCAGCGCGAAAAGACCGCGUUCUCAGAGGAAGUCCGAACGCGGGGACACCAGACACACAGUUCCCGACGCAAGUAAUACACGAGCAGGGAGUUCCACUGCGGUGCAGAUCCGCUAGUGCGCGCCACACACAGAGGCCAGACCACACACACACACAGACGCCAGUAGGUGCGAUGAAGACAAAAUUUGUCGCCCUGCUGGCGGCUUUUCUCCCCCGCACCAUCAUGGCUACUGCUGCUGCUGCUGCUGCUGCUGCCGUGUCUGCUGCUGCUCUUCGCCCCGAACCUGAAGUCGAAGUUACGGGUGUGUGCACACCCCAAGAGCUCCUGCCCCAAGCCUACCGCCUCGGCCGUGACGCGGCCAACAAGGCAGGGUUUGAGUCCAGUCUUCCCAAGGUGAACUGCAUUGUCAAGAGACGGAAAUCCCGCCGCACCUUCACGCCCCCGCGCGAAGCUCAAGCGCACGAGGUUGCCGGAGAUGGGGAUUGUGCUUACCACGCCUUGCUGAAAGGUCUCCAGGCGAGUCUUGGACAGACGAACAUGCGUGUUCCACGAAUGUCUGAUGGUGUGAAGAGUGCCCUCAAACACAGCAUCAUCUCCCACAUCCUAGGACCAUCAGCGUCGCAAGCGGUCAUGACUACUCUGCUUUCGACUGAGCAGACGCGUCGGGCUCGCGCUCUUCAAUGCACUGAAACUGUCCGGAUGCAUCCGUAUGAGCUGAACACACCUGAACCGGCGGACAAAGGCGUGAUGACCUACAGUUGGCUGGAUUUGAUAGUGCAAGAGAAGCUACGGACGGAGUGGCUGGACUUGUGCUGGCUUUCACUCAUCCCCGAAAUGUACGGGGUCGACAUUGCGGUUUGGGAGCCUACCGGGAGAGGGCAGUUGGUGCAGCUGUACAAGAAGAACAUGUGGGGCCUGUUUCUGUUUGACAAAAAAAUCAAGCACAACGAAGAGGGGCAGAAGUGGGUGCACCUGUUAUACCGCAGCGGGAGUAGUUGGGAAGCGAGAACCGGAGUUGGGGGUGACGAAAAUACGGUGUCUCGCCACAUCCACUUCGACUUUUUGGAGCUCGGUGCCGAUUUUGAAGCUGAGUUCGACGCUAUGAUCUCCGUCGCCCGGUCUGGAGGAGAGGGCGACGGCGAAACCUCGCUGCCGUCACCUGUGCCGGUGAAAAGGAGGAGGGCGGCGGGGAGUGCGGAGACGACGUUGAAGCGGCAACGCACGAGAACGAAGACUUCACAGCUGGAAGACGACGGGCCGCUGGCGCAAUCGAAGCGCAAGCGGACGGCGAAGAGCGAUGGGGGGGGAGGUGGCGCGGCCGGCAGCACGGGGAAGGGCAACUACGACUCCGAUGGGAGCAUUGGCGACGAGGGCACGGACUGGACUUAUCUCGGAUGCAGAGGCGCGCUCCCUUCUCUCACAAGGAGUCAACAGUUGCUGCGGCGCAAGCUGAACAAGAUCGCUGAACCAGCGUACAAGGCGGCGUUCAAACGUACGAGCAUCAUGAAAGCGAAGGCCGAAAAAGUGUGUUCUGUGUCCCGCGUUCCUCUUGUGAUGUGCGUGAUUGCGCAUCCGUUAGGGCGUGCUUGUAGGAGUGUGUGCCUUUUGUCUUGUGUCGGCGACUGAUGUGUCGUGUUAUGUUGUGUACCGGGUUGAACCUCUGGUUGACGUGCUUUGUUUGGGGCAGUGACACAUAAUUGCAAUGGCCUCUUGUGAUCUAUUCUUUUGUUUCCGCGGGUCUUUUGCUGCGGUGUUGUGUAAUGCAACUCAUUUUCUCGUAUCACGUACAACGCCCCUUCGUCGUUGGUUGUACGCAAUGGUUUCGUCGUGGUCGACGCCGUUGUACUGUGGUUUGUCC